AUGAUCAACGGUAACCCUUCAAGUUCGGCACACAUUCGUACUUCUGUGUUAGGCUCUCCUCCAACUCCAACUUCGAUUCCUGGCGGAGUAAAACGCCAUCGGAAGAAUAUCGCUCGCAAAUCCACUGGACGCCAGCCUCCAAGGAAACAGUACGGAGAAAGCUUUAAGAGCAACGAACAUGGACCUUCCGAAGGAUCAUCGUAUUUCUCAAACUCAAGCCAAGAUGCAAAAAUCGCGUCACUUUGCUCCAGAUUUGCUGACUGGCUUGACGGCCUCGGCGAGAGUGAGACGGAUAAGCGCAUUUUGGAGGCUGUUGAACGGGACGGAGGAAAAUUCUUUCAUCUGAUCCGGUGUAUGCUCGACUACGAACGCGCCUUACAAGGGCUUGAGGAUCAUUCAGAUAUGGACACGAAGACUUCAGGACGUAUCGGCCAUCGCACAAAUGCCCUGCGUAACUUCGCUGCUUUUCUGGGUGCCAAAGCACGGGAUAGCAUCUCUACUCCACUAUCGCUUGCGAUCGAUCGAGACGGAAAACAAUUAUUCCGUCUGGCAAAGUGCUGCCUAAGUUUUAAUAAUGCAAUUAACGGCGAGGGCUCUGAGAGCACAUGA